AUGACACUUACAGAAAUAAUUGUUGGAAUAAUAGCAAUUGUUCAAGUAAUUCUCGUGUCUAUAUGCUGUACAUUGUUAGUCCAGCGAGAAGCGUCCACCGGUACCAGGGACAAGUCCACCGGUACCAGGGACAAGUCCACCGGUACCAGGGACAAGUCCACCGGUGCCAGGAACAAGUCCACUGGUACUAGGGAGUUGUCCAAGAUCGAGAAGGAAAUCUUCAAGCGGGAGAAGGAAAUCUCCAAGCGGGAGAAGGAAAUCUCCAAGCGGGAGAAGGAAAUCUCCAAGUGGGAGAAGGAAAUCUCCAAGCGGGAGAAGGAAAUCUCCAAGCGGGAGAAGGAAAUCUCCAGGCGGGAGAAGGACAGCUCCAAGCGGGAGACGGACGGCUCCAAGCGGGAGACGGAAAUCUCCAAGCGGGAGACGGAAAUCUCCAAGCGGGAGACGGACAGCUCCAAGCGGGAGAAGGACGGCUCCAAGCGGGAGAAGGACGGCUCCAAGCGGGAGAAGGACGGCUCCAAGCGGGAGAAGGACGGCUCCAAGCGGGAGAAGGACGGCUCCAAGCGGGAGAAGGACGGCUCCAAGCGGGAGAAGGACGGCUCCAAGCGGGAGAAGGACGGCUUCAAGCGGGAGAAGGACGGCUCCAAGCGGGAGACGGACAGCUCCAAGCGGGAGAAGGACAGCUCCAAGCGGGAGACGGACAGCUCCAAGCGGGAGAAGGACGGCUUCAAGCGGGAGAAGGACAGCUCCAAGCGGGAGAAGGACAGCUCCAAGCGGGAGAAGGACAGCUCCAAGAGGAAGGAGGGCGGCGCAAAGGGGAAGGAGGACGGCUCCAAGGAGAAGGAGGACAUGGCCAAGGGGAAGGAGGACAUGGCCAAGGGGAAGGAGGACAUGGCCAAGGGGAAGGAGGACAUGGCCAAGGGGAAGGAGGACAUGGCCAAGGGGAAGGAGGACAUGGCCAAGGGGAAGGAGGACAGCGUCAAGAGCGAUCAGGAAAACUCAACGAGGAAUGAUCCCUGGAGGCGGGAUGGAUGGUGGUCGUACACAGCCACAAAGUUAGAUUCCAACACAGAGUCGUCCUGGUCGUGCGUGAGAGAUGACGAGUUUCUAACGUUGUUUCUAGUGUGCGAACGAAACCACACCCUCAGAGAGUCUGACCCAGGCCACACCCUUAGAGAGUGUGGCCUGGACCACAGCAGGAGGCUGAAAUACAACUUGGGAUUGAGAGAGGGUAUUAGAGAGUCUGACGAAUCAGACGAGUCAACGAGCAUGACUUGGAUCGUGUCAGACAUGUCGUCCAUGAACAAAAUGUCUUAUAAGUUAGAGAUCAUAAUGGAUAAGUUGGCCUCAAGAUUGUUGUCAAUCAUACAAGGGAAACAGGCCGAAAGGGAGACCGAGACAGACAGCAGUUCGAGCGAGACGAGUUUGGAGUUCAACCAUUACGAACGCAAACUACUGCCUUACCUCUUCCCGCCAGGCACCUUGGGCACGACCUGGGCUAGCGUAGGGGGCUGCACCGAGGUCUUACAGGACCUCAAGGAAGAGGUCAUGAUACCACUGGUACAUUCCCAGUACCACAGAAACAACCCCCCGAUGAGUCUCACCAAGGGGAUACUCCUCUACGGAAAACCCGGCUGUGGCAAGACGCUGAUUGCAAAAGCUGUUGCUGGAGAGGUUAAUGCAAACUUCCUCUCCCUAAAUGCCAGCACCAUGAUGAGUAAGUGGGUGGGAGAGUCAGAAAAGUUGGCAGCGGCUGUGUUCUCUCUGGCCUACAAGAAGCAGCCUUGCGUCAUAUUCAUGGAUGAGAUAGACGCAUUGCUUGGGACUCGCAGGAGCUCUGAGUUCAGCAGCAGUAAUUGUGGGUUUGUGGCAACAUUCCUGACUCACUGGGAUGGCAUAAAUACUGACCCUGAGGCCAAGGUUACGAUUCUAGCAGCGACGAAUCGGAUUCAGGCCAUCGACCCGGCCAUCCUAAGGCGUUUGCCAGUAAAAUUUGAAAUCUCAAAUCCUUCCAUUGCGGGCCGACUGGAGAUCUUGCGUAUUCUUUUGAGCAACUUAGAGGUAGAAAGUGAUGUUGAUUUUGACGAGCUAGCAAAAUUGACAGAUUGGUGCACUGGCUCCGAUCUUCAGGAGAUAGUCCGUAGGGCCUCCUUGUUCCCUGUGAUUGAUCACCAUAAUGCUUACUGUGCCAGCUCCCAUAAACCACCGGAUGAUACCUUCAGCGCCUUCCACCAGAGACACGCGCACAUCAAGGUGCGGCCUAUAAGUAUGGCCGACCUCCUGAAGGCCUUACAAAAAAUAAAAAAUGUUAACAGAAACACUCCAAUGGAGAUAUAUGUCUAA